CACAUACACACACACACACACACACACACACACACACACACACACACACAAGCUCCGCCCAGGUGUUUUAAACUCAGAAAGUGUCCAUCAAUGAUUCACUCUGUUGAAGUGAACCUUCUUCAUACUGUCUGACUUUGAGAACCGACCUGAGAUCAGCCUCAGUCCUGAACCUGAACAAGUGUCUGCACACAGUGGGAGUGGAAUGGCAGACGGUAAUAUGUGGUCACCAUCCUCCUCAUCUCAUGAUGAUGUCAACCUGGGACCUUCAGCGAACCCACAUGCCAGGCCCACUGACUUUGACUUCUUGGCCGUCAUUGGCAAAGGGACCUUUGGAAAGGUCCUGCUCGCCAAGCUCAAAGCCGACAGCAAAUUCUACGCUGUCAAAGUGCUGCAGAAGAAGGUCAUCCUGAAGAAAAAGGAGCAAAAGAACAUCAUGGCCGAGAGAAACGUGCUGCUGAAGAGUCUCACACAUCCGUUUCUGGUUCGGCUCCACUACUCCUUCCAGACACCUGAGAAGCUUUACUUUGUCCUCGACUAUGUAAACGGGGGAGAGUUGUUCUUCCACCUGCAGAGAGAGAGAUGUUUCUCUGAGCCCAGAGCGAGGUUCUACGCCGCCGAAGUAGCGAGCGCCAUCGGCUACCUUCACUCUCUCAACAUCGUUUACAGAGAUCUGAAACCAGAGAAUAUUCUUCUUGACUCUCAGGGCCACGUGGUACUGACAGAUUUUGGGCUGUGUAAAGAAGGUGUGGAGCCGGAGGGGACGACCUCAACUUUCUGUGGGACACCAGAAUACUUGGCUCCAGAGGUUCUUCGUAAGGAACCAUAUGACAGGACAGUGGACUGGUGGUGUCUGGGAGCAGUUCUCUAUGAGAUGAUCUACAGCCUGCCUCCGUUCUACAGCCGUGACGUCGGAGAAAUGUAUGAUGGGAUCCUCCACAAGUCGCUGCCGCUGCCUCAGGGGAAGUCUGAGGCCGUCUGCUCUCUGCUGGUGGGUCUCCUGCAGAAGGACCAGCACAGACGCCUCGGGUCCAUCGCUGACUUUUUAGAAAUAAAGAACCACACCUUCUUCUCUCCAAUCAACUGGGACGACCUUUACCACAAGAGAAUCACUCCUCCCUACAACCCCAAUGUGGUGAGUUUCCGUCCUGCUCUCUGUCUUCAGUCAGCUGUGUGUGUGUCCCUGUAG